AUGCAGACAGAUUUAUUAACACUAGACCAAAUUACUCAAAAUCCAACCCUCGUUACUCAAGCUAUUCAUCUGGAUAAAACAACUGGUUCAGAAAAAAUUUUCUUUCGACCAUUAUUACGUAAUGAUAUACCUGCAUUAAAACAAUUUCUUGAAUGUUUAUCAGAGAGAACACGUCGAUUCGCCACUUAUCCCAGCUAUGAUUUACAAUGUGCACAAACAUAUUGCGAUGAAAUUAAUCAAAAUGAAACAUUAAGAAUGGUAGCGAUUACAGAUAAUGGAAAAAUUAUCGCAUUAUUCGAGUUCAAUUUUUAUUUGGUAGAAUUUGACAUAAAACGAUAUCGCAAAUAUGAUAUAGAACUAAAUCAAGACAGCGACAUUCAAUUCGCGCCUUGUAUUAUAGAUGAAUAUCAAAAUCAACAUCUGGGUAGCAAACUUCUUCAUUUGAUGAUUGAUUUAGCUAAACGAUUAGGCAAGAAACGAAUAAUUGCAUGGGCUGGGGUAUUGACUGAUAAUGAACAGGCAAUUCGAUUUUAUGAAAAAAAUAAUUUUCAAAUUUUUCGAGAAAAAUAUAUUGCCGAAGAUGGAUAUGAAUGUUAUGAUGGGAUUUUACAAUUAUCUUGA